CUUCACCCACUAGGCUUUAGAGGACGUGCGGGUGCACCUUGCAGUCCUCCGUGUCUCCGUGGCGCAGAACGGGAGGGUCAGCACGCCUUGAGGGACGCGCUUUGCCCCGGCUCAUUUGGCAUCUACCACUGGCCCCUGAUCACCGAGGGAGAAAUCUGUCCAGAACCAGGACCUCUAACCAGCUGACGUUUGCUGCACUUUUUGCCAACCCGGCGGCGGCACUUCUGGAGUCUAUACUUCUCCCACUCAUGCCGGCUGAAUCAACUGCGCUGUGACCGCCGAUUCAUUUGGGAAUAUCUGGCACGUAGGGCAGAUCUACUGGCUUUACAUCGGACACACACGCCGGAUCGGAGAUGGGGAUCCCAGUUUAGUACUGUCAGGAAUGCCCCAGACUGUGUGCUCAGGCACCAUGUUCACCACUUCCAGUGGUUUCAGCCCCCACCUGGCCUGCGCUGAGCCUGGGGAGGAGGAAGAGGAGGGGGCCCCUCAGGAGGGCCCGGGACCGGCUGCUUGUCUGGCGGAUGGGCCUCCUAUCACCUCUGCUUCCCUGGAGACCCUGAUCCAGAACCUGGUGCCCACUGCGGACUACUACCCCGAGAAAGCCUAUGUGUUUACGUUCUUGCUGAGCGCCCGUCUGUUCAUUCCGCCUUCGGAGCUGCUCUCCAGGGUGUGCGAGCAGUGCAUCAAGCAGCAGCAGCUAGAUCAGAGCCCGCUCGACACGGUUAAAGUACGCAAGUUUGGUCCUAAGAUCCUGCAGCUGCUGACAGAAUGGACGGAAACGUUCCCGUCAGACUUCAGGGACGAGAAGAUGGUCGGACACCUUAAAGACAUCAUCCACAGGAUAGCUCCGUGCGAUGAGGCGUACUGGAAAACCCUGAACCAGAUGCUGCAGAAGCUGAGCCAGAGGUUGGCCCUGAUGAGCCAGGGGGAAGAGAGCAUCGUCAAGGUCUCCCUCAACGCCUCCUCCAUCUCCGACAAGCUCGUGGCUUUCAAGACCAAGCCCCCACCCAUCCAGAAGGACAUUCUCUCCAUCUGCAAUGACCCCUACAUGCUGGCACAGCAGCUCACCCACGUGGAGCUGGAGCACCUAAGGCAUAUUGGGCCGGAGGAGUUUGUCCAAGCCUUCGUUCAGAAAGAUCCACUGGACGGUACACAGCAGCCAUCUUUCAGCGAGCAGAAGAAGAAAACCACCAACCUUGAAGCUUACGUCAGGUGGUUCAACCGACUGUGUUACCUGGUAGCAACGGAGAUCUGCAUGCCAGCGAAGAAGAAGCAGAGAGCCACGAUGAUUGAGUUCUUCAUUGAUGUGGCCAGAGAGUGUUUCAACAUCGGAAACUUCAACUCCCUGAUGGCCAUCAUCUCUGGCAUGAACAUGACGCCUGUGUCACGACUGAAGAAGACUUGGAGCAAAACCAAAACUGCCAAAUUCUUCAUUCUUGAGCACCAGAUGGAUCCAACAGGAAACUUUUACAACUACAGGACGGCCCUGAGGGGCGCCGCCCAUCGCUCUCAGACUGCCAACAGUAACAGGGAAAGGAUUGUGAUUCCCUUCUUCAGCCUGCUGAUUAAAGACAUCUAUUUCCUGAAUGAAGGCUGCGCUAACCGCCUGCCCAACGGCCACGUCAACUUCGAGAAAUUUAUGGAGCUGGCCCGACAAGUCGGGGAGUUCAUGACGUGGAAACAGGUGGAGUGUCCAUUCGAGGAGGACCGGGCCAUCCUGCACUACCUCCACACCGCUCCCAUCUUCAGCGAGGACGGACUCUACCUUGCAUCGUAUGAGAGUGAAAGUCCUGAGAACCAGGUGGAGAAGGACAGGUGGAAAGCACUCAGGUCAAACGUUCUGGCGAAGACAUGAAGCUGGGGUGGUAUCUGACCCUCCCGGCCACCAAAAAGAGGGGAGAUGUGUGCGUUCGCUUUGCACUAAACUGGACUGUGAAGGAACCUGAAGCUGGUACUUUUGGUGUUUUACUACAAAGAAACUGCAUCAAGAUCAAAAAGAAAAGAAACCUGGAUGAACAGGAUUCAUCGACACAAUGAUAAAAAAAAUUGUAAAUGUUCAACAACAACAACAAAAAAAAGAAAAGAGAAGUGAAAAGUAAAGCUAUGAGAACUGGAAUAAACUUUCUCCUUUCGGAUACGAGCGAGAAGCUGCGGUUUGUUGGAGAGGGACCCCGGCGUCUUCUUCCUCCUUCCCUUUACGUCUGUUUACUCUGUGGAGAAGUUUACUACUUUAGAGACCGCAAUUACAGGGAAAAACCACUUUAUAGUAAUUCCUACUGAUGCCAUCUUGUGAACUUUUCUCCGCUCUCGUUUUUUUCCUGCCUCGGUUUUUUCUCCUUUUAUUCAAAGCUUGUUUAAGUAUUUAACUUUGAACUGUAAAGUACUGUAACAAAAAAAAGAAGAAGAAGAAGAAAAAAAACGUAAAGGGCGCUGGCUAGCCCUUUUCCACGCCUACAAAUCCCAGCUGAGGUGAAGGUGAAACGACAUCAUGGCUGUACCCGCGGGAAGCAGUGUUUCGUGCGUUUAUGUCCAUUGCACUUGAAUGACCGGAGACCAUUUUUCAUUGUAUUUUUUUUUUAUUUAUUCAUUUUAUUUUAGGGAACAAACAUGAAGGGGGGGGGACUUUUUAAAGUGUUUACUCUUUUUAAAUGUGUUGUGCCAUCAAUACGGGCAGAAACCUGCUGUAAUAGUGUAACUGCACGAGUUCUAGGUCAGCUGUAGGGACUGUGUACAGACGAUAGCUAGGCUCUGGUCUUUCUGCUCCUCAGGAAGCUCUCUCUGACUGAUGUUCAGUUGUCUCGUAUAUUUAUUGGAGCUCUGUUCUGACACAGAUGUAAAGUUUUUAUCGUAACCUUUCCUUUACAGAAUAUGAAGUCUUGACGGCAUGCUAGGUCAGGUGGUUUCAAAGGGGCAUUACUGUAUUAUAAAUAAAAAAAAGUACCUUACAGUGAAGACGCGCUGUUUAAACAGAAGGACAACAGGAGACACUGCUUAUCAUGGCCAUUUCUUUGACUUGAAGUGUGUUUUUUUUUUUAUUAUUAUUGUUUUGUGAAGUUGUCAGUGAAUUUAGACAUUUUUGCUGCGACUCCAGGAGUGGGUGCACUGUAAUUACUGGCUUGAUUGGGUUGGUUAUUGAUCGAUGUCUUUAGGUCCUCCUGACUUGUUUGUCAUCUCAUUGUUUGCUUUUCCCGUAACCUUUUCCCCCCGACAGAAGAAAAGACACGGACGUGAUGUCAAGCCGACCAUCCGAGGGCAUUUAAAGUGAAGCGUUUGGUGCCGUUAGACACGUAUUCUAAAUGACAAUCACCUACAGUAUCUGCCAUCAGUUUUUUAAUCUUUCUAAGUGUUAUCAGACUGCCAAAUCCAUUCGCUUUUAUUUGUUGCAUAAAUACUGUAUGCGAGCGGUCAGAGGAGUUAGUCCUUCUUGGUGCAGGGGUGCCUUUGGCUUUGACAUCAGUGCAGGAUUUGUGACCCGUUUCAAUGAAAAGCCUUUAAUAAAAGUAAACCAUGCCAACCCUU